UCGCCUUUCUUCAUUCUUUCUGCUUGCACUUGCGAAUUCCACACACUUUUUGCGAAUUCUACUCCGUCCGUUCACGUUCGGCAGCUGGGUCUCCCGCAUCAGUUCAACUCGCGAAAUCCAUCUUGAUUUGGUGGCGACUUGUCUUCAUAAUUGUUUCGUCAAUUAGUGAUCUGCCCCUUGAAUUUCUGAGUGGAAAUUUCUUCUUCUUGGACGGCGAUAGUUCGUAGGUGGACGAAAUCUGUGACAAGCAUAAGAACUAAUCCUAAUUAAGUUACCACAAAAAAAUCUAAAAAGUAACAAUGACUGGAAUGGGGAAUGAAGAAGAAGCUCAGUUUGCCUUGAUCCUCUCGACACUGUUAUCAACUGAAAACGAGACAAGACAGCAGGCAGAGGCAAGUUACGAUGGGAUUUCUCCUGAUAAGAAGGUGUUUUUCUUGCUCACAUUCCUGAGAAAUACUGGCGCACCUGAAGAACUUCGCCAACUUUGCGCCGUUCUGUUCCGUCGACUUUUCACUACACAUUUUGACUUUGUCUGGAAUGCGUUGACUACGGAAGCCCAGAAUCAAGUAAAAAGCGAGAUGAUGACCCUGGUUGGGAAAGAUAACGAAAAUUUGACGAUGCGGAAAAAGGUGGCGGAAGUUGCAGCAGAACUCGUUCGAAAUCUCAUAGAUGACGACGGAAGUAAUUUGUGGCCCGAGUUUUUGCAGUACUUGUUCCAAUUGGCAAACACCAAUAAUUCCAUCUUGAAGGAGAACGCGCUAAUCAUUUUUGCCCUGGUGCCCGGAAUUUUCGGAAAUCAACAGUCCGCGUACUUGGAUGUCAUAAAGCAAAUGUUGGCUCAGUCGUUUCAACAUGAACAAUAUUCUGUGCGAUUCCAUGCUGGGAAAGCGCUGGCUGCAUUUAUCACGGAUCACGAUAAGGAGGAAAGUGUUCUGAGACAUUUUACUGACUUGGUCCCCUUCUACUUGACCACGAUGGAAGAAUCUGUCCGACUUCAGGAGGAUGACACCUUGCUGAAAAUGGCUAUUGAAAUCAUUGGCCUAACACCAAAGUUCGUUCGCCCUCAUCUUGGAACAUUCUUGGAGCUGUGUUUAGGAAUUGCUAAGGAAAGCCAGAUUGCAGAUGAUUGGCGUCACUUGGCCCUCGAAUUUACAAUUACUGCUGCAGAAAAUGUCCCUGGAGCUGUCAAAAAAGCGGGUGGUCACUUUAUCCCGCAGUACAUCCAAUUGUUGCUGGAAAUGAUGACAGAGCAAGAACUCGAAGACGAAGAAGACUGGAUCGAAUCAGACGAACCGGUUGAAGAGGAUUCCGACUGUAAUCCAGCCAUGGCAGAAUCAAGUUUGGAUAGAUUUGCCUGCGCCUUGGGAGGAAAGACCGUGCUGCCUAUUGUGAUGGGCCAAGUCCAAACAAUGUUGAGUAGUCCAGAGUGGGAGAAACGAUAUGCAGGACUCAUGGCUGUCUCUGCUGUGGGAGAAGGAUGUUCCAAACAGAUGGAGCCUAUUCUGAACCAUGUUGUUGAUCCGAUUUUAAAUUUCCUAAAAGAUCCCCACCCCCGUGUUCGAUAUGCUGCUUGUAACGCUUUGGGACAAAUGGCGACCGAUUUCGCACCAGGUUACGAAAAGAAGUUCCAUUCUAAAAUUCUUCCGGGUUUAAUUGGUCUGCUGGAUGAUAACUCGUGUGCUCGGGUGCAAGCUCAUGCAGGUGCCGCCCUUGUCAAUUUUUGCGAAGAGUGUCCUAAGGAUAUUUUGAAGAAUUAUGCGGAACCCUUGCUUGGAAAACUAGAAGCUUGUUUCCAAAUGAAAAUUAAAGAGUUGCAAACCAUGUCAAAAAAAUUAGUUUUGGAACAACUGGUGACAACGGUGGCCGCAAUUGCCAAUACUCUGGAAGAUGACUUUGCUCCGUUUUACGAACGAUUCAUGCCUUGCAUGAAGUACAUAAUGGAGAAUGCGAAUUCGUCCGAACUUCGGUUGCUGAGGGGAAAAACGAUCGAGUGUGCCUCACUGAUUGGGUUGGCUGUCGGAGCUGAAAGGUUCACUGCUGACGCGUCUGCGAUUAUGGAUCUCUUACUACGAACACAGGUUGACAAUGGAGGAGUCAAUUUGGAUGAUGAUGAUCCACAAUUAUCUUACAUGAUUACCGCAUGGGCUCGGAUUUGCCAGAUUCUCGGGGCCAGUUUUGCUCCAUAUUUGCCCAUGGUCAUGGCUCCUGUGCUUCGAACUGCGUCUAUUAAGCCAGAAUUGACCGUGCUAGAACCAGAGGAUGUAAAGGGCGUUGAAGGUGCAGAGGAUUGGGAAUUAAUUUCUUUGGGCGACUCUCAAAAUAUUGGAUUGCAUACUGCGAAACUUGAAGAUAAGGCGAUGGCUUGUCAAAUGCUUGUGUGUUAUGCUCGCGUAAUGAAGGAACAUUUUCGGCCUUACGUCGACGAGGUUGUUAAACUUACUUUGCCACUGCUAAAGUUCUACUUUCACGACGGCGUUCGAUCAUCAGCUGCUGAGAUAAUUCCACACCUGAUUAAGAGUGUGUCUAGCAAUACGGAACACAUGAUUACUUUGUGGACCAUGCUGAAAACAGAUCUCCUGAUCGCAACGGAAGCUGAACCCGAGAGUGAAGUAAAAGUUGAACAACUUCAUGCAAUAAGUUUGUGUAUUGAGAUGCUGCCACCAGAAGGAUUGGAUGUGCAAACUAUUCAAAAAAUUACAAGCGUAGUAGAAAAGGUUUUUACGGAGCAUUUUGAACGAUCAGAUGAGCGAGCUGAGCAAAGAAAGGAUGAAGAUUUUGACGAAGUUGUUGAGCAACAGCUAUGGGACGAGAUGGAAGAUGACAACUACAUCUUGACCAAAGCUGCAGAUGUUGUGCAUGCCAUGCUUAAAGUGCAUAAAGCAAAUUACUUGCCCUACAUGGAACCUGGCAUAAUUCCAAUGGUUACAAAAUUGAUUGCACCGGAACGAUACUGGCAAGAACGUCAGUGGGGGAUUUGCAUUUGGGACGACGUGAUGGAGUUUACGGGGUCGGCAGCGUUAGCAUACCAGAAUUUAUUUAUCCCAAGUUUGUUGACAUUUUUGGGAGACUCUAGUUCUGAAGUUCGACAAGCUGCUGGAUAUGGUUGUGGCGUUAUGGCCCAGUUUGGGCAAGAAGCAUUUGCUCACGUUUGUGGCCAAGCCAUCCCACUGUUGGUACAGAUUGUUUCGGAUCCGGAAGCUCGCUCGGAAAAUAACAUAUGCGCCACCGAGAACGCAAUUUCUGCCGUCGCCAAAAUUAUCAAAUUCUGUCCCUCAUCUAUAAAUCCAGCUGAAGUUAUUCCCAUGUGGCUUUCGUGGCUGCCCAUUUGGGAAGAUAAAGAUGAAAUGGAGUCUGUCUACGGUUUGCUCUGUGACCUUUUGGAAUCGAACUCUCCCCUCGUUUUGGGCCAAGAUGCAUCCAACCUUCCCCGAAUUGUUCGCAUAAUAGCUGAGACUUUCUAUAGAAAAUGUUUGCCUGAUUCGUCUCCAUUUCAAGGAAGACUUGUCAACCUCGUCAAAAUGAUACAGAGUAAUCCACAAAUGUUCCAAGCUUGUGUGACUCCUCUUGAGCCAGAAUUACAGCAAAGCCUUCAAGCUGCACUUAACGCUGUGCCUAGUUAAGCGAAGACAUUAUUAUAUUGGAUUGAAGAAACCCCGCUACCUUAUUAUAUAUACUAAUGAUGAUCUAAUAACAUAAGUUUUAAAAUACUUCUUAUUAAUUAUUUCGAAGCUCUCCCUCUCCUUUCAUCUUUAAUCUAUCUAUGUCUGUAUAUCUGACGGAAAAAAUUUGAUCAUAUUAUUGUUGAACAGCGCUUUGUUUGGCAUAUCGUUUUAUUAUAUUUAAAUUGUCUUUCCAUUAAUUUGUAUUUUACCUAAAUGAAUAUUGACUAAUUUAGAUAGAUCAUAUGGAUGUAUCGAAUUUGUAAGGUUAUCAUGACGGUUCUAGCCGAACUACACAGUGUCUAGAAAAAAUACCAUAACGUAAACUUCGGAAAAAAAGAUCUUGAUUUUUUACAAUUUCGGUACAGGCAUUUGUUCUUAUUCUAAGUAGUAAUUUUUAAUUGUGCAUGGAAUACAUAUAAUGUCAUAAACUAUCAUUGAACUGUUAUCAGCGUGAACGAGCAAGUGGAGGAGAGUGUAAGGAAAAGAGGGGUACAUAAGUAAACAUAAAGUCUUUCAAGAUCCACCUCGUCCUUGUGAUAUGCCCUCGAGUGCUUUUCUAUAGUUGUUCUCAAAUGUUGUUAAAUUUAAUUUUGAGGAAUAACCCCGUUGAUAUAAAAAUUAUGCUUUCUCUUCUAAUUCACUCGAAUUGUUUUGAUGGGUUAUAUUUAUCAAUACUUGUUACAUUAAUUUGCCCUCCUCAAUAACAUACUGGAUCACAAGAAUAUUAGUGAAGAAGACUACGCCGCCGUGAGUUAAUAACGAAAACGCAAUUCGUUGAAUAUAAACUAUUGAAAUAUAAAAUGUUGGUUUCAUUUAUACAAGGUACACACUUAGAUAAAUAAAUUGACUACAUAUGCUAAGAAUCA